AUGUUUAAGAAAUUAGAAAGCUUUACAAAUCCUCAACACAGUGAUAUUAGAAAUACCCCAAAACAAGAUCCUCAACCAUCAUCUCCCGCAUCUUUUGUAACAGGCAAUGGGACCGAUGUGAAACAAGCAACAGAUCAGCAUGAAUACAAGAAUCCUUUUCCCACAAUAUCAGCGGUAAAUUCCGCUUCUGCAAAUACUUUACCAUUACGACCAUCUUUUAGUCAUCAACCACCAAUCAAGAAACCGCGGUUAGAGUCUUUACAUCUGCGAAACACCAGCCCUUUUUCUUUAAAUCAUAAUAUCAAUAAUAAUAACAUGAAUCCUCAACUUUUAGCUCGUCCAAUUACCAAACCACGCGAACCCAUCGAAGUAAUUGCAUUAUCAGAUAGUGAUGACGACAAAAAGCCUGAUAACGAGAGCGAUGAUGAAGAUAUCGAAGUUCUAGAUGAACAACAGGUAGCAAAUAUUUCUUGGAAGGAUACGUCGUUUGAUCAAUCUAAUUCGAUACCUUCAACAACCACAAGCCAUCAACAAGUUACUGAGAAGCUUAAACCAGAACCAGUAUUACCAGGGUCCUUUGUGCCGCAUGACCAAGGAAAACAAAUGCCAAUUAAGAACAAUGAUGGCAAUGGCAAUGGCGAUGACGACUUGGAAAUACUUAGCUCUCGAUCCUUUCAAGUGAAUAAUGCACCCAGUACUGGUGUUUAUAAUGUACCUGCUCCCGUACCUCAAGUUGGCAAUAUGCAAGCUGAUGCAAUUUUUAAAGAAGAACUUGAGAACAGAGCAAGACUCAGAUCAAGCGAUUUAAUCAAUUUGCAAAAGCAAAAAGACAGUAUUUCACGCGAUCUUGUGGUUUCACAGGUCGCUAUUGAGAAAUUUAAAAAAAAUAUUGGCACUUUAAGUAAAGCCUUGACUCAGGCUGUAAGUUUAGGUAACCAUGCGGAUGUUCAAAAGUUGAGACAAGCUAUUCAAACACAAACCGAAUUAUCCAAAGCUCCAAAAAUGAAACUAAAUAAAUGUCAGGAGAUACUAAUCAAAAUUGAAACCAUGAUUUCACUGACAAAAAGGGAGUUAGAAGUGAUCUACCAACGUGUUAGAAAUGUGGGACACCUUGCUAACUCAGCUUUUAAUCCAUAUGAGGCACAAAUAGUUGCGGAUAGACAAAGAGUUAGGGUAGAUGAAUCGGAAAUCAAGGAUUUAAUUGAUAAUAUUAGACCAGAUGAGGAUUUAGAGGAAGGAUUGGAGCCAACACCUCCCGAAUUAAAGGUGAAUUUGUUGAAACAUCAGCGCAUGGGGUUGACAUGGAUGAAAAGAAUGGAAGCAUCAAAAGCCAAAGGUGGCAUAUUGGCAGAUGAUAUGGGGUUGGGUAAGACUAUUCAAACAUUGGCAUUAAUGAUGGUCAGCAAGGGUAGUAAUCUUAUUGUGGCGCCUGUGUCGUUAUUACGUCAAUGGGUGGCCGAAAUUGAAUCUAAGACAAAGUCAGACGUUUUUCUUUCGGUUGGAAUAUAUCAUGGAGAUGAUAAAAAGAAGAUGAAGGAUUUCGACCUAAUGAAAGAGUACGAUAUAGUAUUGGUUUCAUAUACUACACUAGUUCAAGAAUGGAAAAAGCAUUUUUCUGAAGAUUUGAAAGAACAUCAACAUGAAAGAAACUAUUUUCCAAAUCGAUCUAGAGGUGGUAAGUCUUAUGUGUCACCGUUUUUCUCGAGAGAGUCUCAGUUUCAUCGAAUAAUUUUAGACGAAGCACAAGCAAUCAAGAACAAGCAAGCGUUAGCAUCCAAAGCAAUGACGUACUUGAGGGCCCAAUACCGAUUUUGUUUGACUGGUACGCCGAUGCAGAAUGGAAUUGAGGAACUAUAUCCUCUCUUACGGUUUUUGAAAAUACAACCCUAUUGUUCUGAAGAGAAAUUUAGAGCGGAUAUAUUAACGCCAAUCAAAAGCAAAACUGACCUUUACGAUGAAUAUGAUGUCAAAGAAAGUAUGAAAAAGAUUCAAGUUCUUUUGAAGUCCAUUCUUUUACGGCGAACAAAAGAUUCGCUAAUUGAUGGUGUUCCAAUUUUGAAUUUGCCUGAAAAACACGUUUUGUCAGACUAUGUGACUCUUGAGAAUGAUGAGUUGGCUUAUUAUCAAAGUAUUGAACUGAGAGUACAGAAAGCUGCUAAGAAGAUUUUGGGUGAGCACACUAAAAAUGCUCCAGCUCUCACUUUACUUUUGAGGUUAAGACAGGCUUGCUGCCAUUCGUAUCUUGUGGAGAUAGGUGAAUACAGGGCUAAAGUCAAGGAUUCGGAAGCAGAAGCCUCGGCUAGUAAUUCUAAGUUGGACUGGAGACUGAUGUUAAACAAUGCUCGCAACUUGAAGGAAUCGGUUAAACAGCAAGUUCACCUGUUGAUUGGCUCAUUGAAUGGUGAAGGCAACAUUGAAAAUACUCCUGCUUGUCCCGUUUGUUUUGACAAUAUUGACAUUGAAUCGUCUCUUUUAAUUUUUGGUGAAUGUGGUCAUAUUAUUUGUAAAGGAUGUUGCAAUACGUUUUUUGAAAAUUGCAAUGCUGGAGAUGACGAUGAUGAGCUGCCGCAUAGAAUAGGUGAAUGUAAAGAUUGUCAGAAAACCGUUAAAGAGCACAAUAUGACUGAAUUUCUUAUUUUCGAUAUGCUUCAUAUACAGAAAUUGGAGAUGUCACAAGUUCAGAAGUUUUGCUCGCAACAUUACCAGCACAAAAUCAAGUCAAAUCAGACGUUGAUUAGAGAAUUCAUCAAAAGAGAUAAUGGGUUUGAACUGUCAGCAAAGAUUCAUAAAUGUUUGGAAAUGAUUUUAGAGCUCUUCUCCAAAAAUCCCGGUGAAAAGGUAAUUGUGUUUUCCCAAUUCACCUCCUUGUUUGACUUAAUGGCAUUGGUUUUACAAAAUCAACACAUUGAGUUUUUGAGAUACGAUGGUACUAUGUCCAUGGAUGUGAAGAACAACGUUAUUAAAGAGUUUUAUCAGAGUAGCAAGAAUGUUUUGUUACUUUCCUUACGAGCUGGUAAUGCAGGUUUGACGUUGACUUGUGCCAAUCACGUUUUCAUUAUGGACCCAUUUUGGAAUCCGUUUGUUGAAGAGCAGGCUAUGGGCAGGGCACAUCGAAUUGGACAAACACGUGAAGUUUUCGUUCACAGAGUUUUGAUUGCUGGCACGGUUGAGAAUCGUAUUAUGGAGUUGCAGGAACUGAAAAAACAUUUGAUCGAAAGUGCUCUUGAUGAACGUGGUAUGAAAUCGAUUUCUCAACUAAAUAGAAGAGAACUUGGGUUCUUGUUUGGUUUGAAUAGUUUAACUGGUUAG